UGCCGCAAGCGGCUCUAUGAUGUAGGCUGGCAUGGCAAGACCCGAUAUGCCACCAUCCGCCCGCUCCGAGGCGCUGUGGCCCUUCUAUCUCUUGCUCUCGUCGAGCGCGGUUGCUCUCCUUUUGGCUGCCACCGCCGCCGCCGUCACCGGCCACGCCGCAGAGCGUUCGAGAGAAGAGACUGCGUCGUGGGCUCUUCCUCACCUUGGCGGGCUUCGCUGCGCUGCCAGCUUUUGGAUCCUGGCGGUGCACGUGCAGACGUACUUUUUCGCAACGUUUUGCGGCGAGGACGGCGAGUGGGGCACGCGAACCGACGACCUCGCCGCGCGUGGGCACCUCGGAGUCUACCUCUUUGUCGUGAUGUCGGGCUUCGUCACCGACUGGACGGGUGGCGGUCGGUACCCGCUCGGCUCGUGGCGCGCGCUGGCUCGCUUUUACCUCCGGCGGGCCGACCGCGUGCUCCUCUCCGCCUGGGUGUCGAUGCUGGCCACCGCCGCACUCGACGCCGCCGCCUACGGCGAGUCCGCUUCGUGGCGUGGCGCGGCGCUGUCCUGCGUGCUCUGCCUACCCAGCUGGUCCGGCGAGUACUCCUGCCCAAACGGGUCGACGUGGACCGUCGGCGCGCUCCUCAUCGCGUGGCUGCUCUACCCUCUCUUCAACCUCGUCGCGCACUCUGCAGCGGACAGAGGUGGGCUCACAGGGCUCGUCCUCCUCUUCCUCGCCGCCACACUCCUCGCAGGCGCGCCGCUCCCGCUCUGGUUUGGCGCCUCCGGCUGGCGCUGGCCCCGCGGGCCGCAGCCCGGUGUGGCGUGGUACCAGAUCGCAUGGUACAGCCCGCCCCUCUGGGUGGGGCACUUCUUCUCAGGCGCCGCCGCGUCGGCGGUGGCCCGCAGGCUGGCCGCCGACGCCGCGGGCAAUCCUCGCGAGGCGCCGCCGGCCGGCCCCUCCCCCGACGGGCUGCCGGCCGGACUGCAGCAUGCCGCCGGCGUCGUCUCGGACGGCUGCUGCGCUGUCCUCUGCUGGCUCGUGCUUGCAGUCGACGUCGGCGCCCUUCUUCCGCGCGCUCGCCGGCGUGGUGGCGGGAGAUGCGGGCUGCCGCGAGCUCGCAGACAGGCAAGGCCUGCUGCUCUUCCUCGCCUGCCUCCUCGCCGCCUGCAUCGCUUGGACCGAGCUCGUCGAGGCGCCGGCCACGCGCCUCCUCAGGCGGCGAUGGUGGGCUGGACCACGACCACGGCGAGUAUCAGAGGUGGGGGGCGCGCGUGUAGCGCAUUCAGAGAGACCAUAUUCGUUACAGGAUGUUCGUAGAGCAAGACCCACCACAAGAGACGAGAUCGCCAGUUAGUCGGUAUUAUAGUCGUGUGUGUGUGUGGCUCGUGCUCGACUCGUCGUGGUAGUUCCCUUCUCCAUGUUCUCUGUUCCUAGUAUUUACAACACUGUGUGUUAUCUC